ACAGCAACAGUAAAUAAAAAAACUCAGCAACUUAACAAGCAAUAAUUGCAUAAAAUAAACAAAAAAUAAACAAAGAAGAAAUAUCAACAACACCAAUUAAAAAUAGUUAUAAAAAUAAAAGAAACAAAUAUAAUUUUGAGUGUUAGAAAAAAUAUACAAACAUACAUAUACGAACCAUUUUUUAUUUGUUGUCAAAUUUACAAAACAAAAAAAGUCAUCCUUAUAUAGAAAAAAAAGUAAAUCAAGAAAUAAAAAAUAUCACAGAACAGCAAAUAAAAAAAAUUACACAAAUGGGUACUAAUUCAGGAGCCACGACUGGCAUUAAUAAUAAACCGAUUGGCGGUGGCACAGGUGCCGGCGGUGUCAUUGGCACUGGCCUAGGCGGUUCUGUGGGUCUCGGUGGUAGUGGUGGAGGUGGUGGUGGCAUUGGUAACGCAGCUAAUAACAGUUUAGGUCCCAAUUCUAGCCUAGGUUUAGUUGGUGGUAACAAUGUCUCCAACACCGGUGGCUUAGGAGGAGUUGGUUCUACUGGCAAUACGGACGAUGGCAAUGGUGGCACAUCAAUUGCCAAUAACCAACAAGCCACACCACAAUACACAAUACCCGGCAUUUUACAUUUUAUACAACAUGAGUGGUCACGUUUUGAACUGGAGCGUUCUCAGUGGGAUGUAGACCGUGCUGAAUUACAGGCUCGCAUUGCCAUGUUGUUGGGGGAACGAAAAUGUUUGGAAAGUCUUAAAUCGGAUUUGACACGUCGCAUUAAAAUGUUAGAAUAUGCUUUAAGACAAGAACGUGCUAAAUUUUAUCGUUUAAAAUACGGCACGGAUCCACCACAACUAAAUGAAUUGAAGCCAUCGGGUGAUGACUCAUCGUUGGGUGGGGAGGUGGCACCCGACUCCGAAGUUCCCUACAGUUCAGUAUCAAAUACCACUUGGCGCCAGGGUAGACAAAUGUUACGUCAAUAUUUGGCUGAAAUCGGCUAUACCGAUAAUAUAAUUGAUGUCCGCUCAAAUCGUGUCCGUUCGAUUUUGGGACUAAAUAACAAUGCAGAACAAGAAGAAAAUGUUAGUCCUAAUGUCAAUGGAAAUGAGAACAAUAAACGAGCCUCAGAGUCAGAAGGACGUCGCACACCUGCAAAGAAGGUUCAACAAACAAAUGAUGCGAUUAUACUAGAUACUGAGGCUGCUGUAAUGGCCAAUUUUGAGUUUUUAGGACCCACAGAAAUGUCAGAUGAUGAUGAAAUUUCCGAUGAUUUGGAAAUGGUAACUGGCGACAAUGAUGAAACUGACAUUAAAACACAGAAACGCAUAAAAUCUGGAAAAGAUAUGCUCAGUGAAGAUCUGGGAGCCGAGUUGGGAGAGCAGCUGCUCAAUGAUAUAAAUCUUAUAACAGAAGGAUAUUCAUCAUCGAAUGUUGAACAAACCAAUAAUACUGUUAAUACAGCCGCUUCGGCUGCUGCUCGUCGUAAUCUCAUAACAGCUGUUACCGCCGGAGGUGACGAAGAUGUCGACGCCUCUUUGGGCUUGGGAGAGUUGGCACAAUUGACUGUCAAUAAUGAUUCAGAGGGUUCGUACGAUUCGAAUGCAAAAGAUGGCACUGCCGGUGGAGCUGGUUAUCGCAAGACAUGGAAUGCCAAAUACACAUUACGUUCUCACUUCGAUGGAGUGCGUUCAUUGAUUUUCCACCCAGAAGAGCCGGUGCUUAUAACAGCCUCAGAGGAUCAUACGUUAAAACUGUGGAAUCUACAGAAAACGGUGCAAGCCAAAAAAUCAGCUAGUCUCGAUGUUGAGCCCUUGUAUACAUUCAGAGCUCACACUGGGCCCGUUCUAUGCUUGGGUAUGUCGACUACCGGCGACACUUGCUAUUCGGGCGGUUUGGAUGGCAACAUUGAGUGUUGGCAAUUGCCGUCCCCCAACAUAGAUCCAUACGAUUGUUAUGAUCCCAGUGUACAUUCGGGAACUUUAGAAGGCCAUACUGAUGCUGUCUGGGGUCUUGCUACCAUGCACAGUAACAUUGUAUCAUGCUCAGCCGAUGGCACGGUCAAACUUUGGUCACCCUAUACCAAGGAACCACUGCUUCGCACUUACACAGCAUCAGAAGCCGAAGGCGCCCCUUCGUCGGUUGACUUUGUGCGCAAUGAGGUCGACCACAUCGUGGUGGCCUAUAAUAGUGCCCACUGUAUUAUAUAUGACACCGAGACCGGAAAGCAGAUCAUCAAGCUGGAAGCCGCUCAAGAGAUGUCCGGCAACACGGGGAAAUUCAUAAACAAAGUGAUCUCACAUCCAACGUUGCCUAUAACGAUCACUGCUCACGAGGAUCGGCACAUACGUUUCUGGGACAACACUUCGGGGACAUUGGUGCACUCGAUGGUCGCUCAUUUGGAACCAGUCACAUCGCUGGCGGUCGAUGCCCAUGGUCUGUACUUGUUAUCGGGCUCUCACGAUUGUUCAAUACGCCUAUGGAAUCUAGACAAUAAGACGUGCGUGCAGGAAAUCACAGCACACCGCAAGAAGUUCGACGAGAGCAUAUUCGAUGUCGCGUUUCAUGCUACCAAACCCUACAUAGCCAGCGCGGGAGCCGAUGGCUUAGCGAAGGUCUUUGUCUAGAUGACAAAACCUACAAAAACAACAACGAUUACGUAAGAUAAUAAUGAGUUGAGAUUGUAAUUGAUUCAUAACGACAAUUUCAAAAUGCCGUUAUUUUUGUUAGAGUAGAGAGGUUAGAAAAGGCAGCCAUUAAACAAACAAAAAUUUAUUUAUAUUUAUAAACAAACAAACAAAUUAUUUAUUUAUAUCUCGACAUGUUGUGUAGUAGGUAAAAAAAAAACGUAAGAAAAGACUUGAGGUACAUAUUUCAAACGUGGCUACAACCAUAGAGAAACAUAGAGCGGAAACUAGAAAAAAACUCAAACAAAAAAAUUACUCAAAAUAAUCACACAUACGAGUGUUGUUUUUGUUUUCACAUAGUUUUUUCUACUAAUACAUUUCACCACUUAGGUUUCUGACAAAUGAGUUAGGUCUUUGACAGAAGAGUUUCCGCUCUAUGUCUAUUCUCUAUGGCUACAACUUGAAUAUUUUAUUUCGAAAUUUUUAUCCUACUGCCAAAUCUAUUAAUCAAACUAACCAACACAUCAACACCGACGAGACAGAUAUUAAUACUGAACUUUACCAUAAUUUACAAUUUUGUUCUAUCACUACCUAUAAAUUUGUUUAUUUUUAUAUUUGGAAGUUUACAAAAAAAACUUUGUCUUGUCGUUUGGAAGUACCUAUGACAACAACCAGUAACAACUUACGAACGAAUGUCGACUUUUUAUUUAUUAAAAUAAAAUAGAAACAAAAAUUAAGAUUCAUUUAAAGAAACGUAGCUUAUAUUGUCGAAUCCCUCUCUAUCAUAAUGAUUGAUAAUGAAGAUGAUGAAUGAUAAAAUGCAUGAUGAGCAAGCAAAUAAAUUUUAACAUUUAUUAUAUUAUAUAUUAUACAAAAAUAAAAAUAAAUUUAAAUAAAAAAAAUUCAUACAUAAUAAAAAAAUAAUAAUAAAUAAUAAAAUUUAAUUACUAUGCAUACAUAACAAAAACACACAUUACAUUUAUAUACCUAAAAAAUAUUAAAUAUAAACAAUAAAAAAUUAUAAAUAUAAAAACUAUAAAAACUACAAUGAUUAUGCACAUAUGUCCUUUAAAAGAAAAAACAUUAGGUCAAUGACAUGAUAAAUACAAAAUGGGAAUUCUCAAAGUUAAAUAAAAUAUUUACCAUUUAGGCAUUUCAUCAAAAUAUAUCAUCUUACAAAAUGAGAAAAAAAAUACAAACAUUUACAUAAUAAAAACACACCUACAACUUAAAAUAACAACCUUUAAUUCAUCAAAACAAAAAAAUACAUAUUUAAAACUAAAAUUCAAUAUAAAGUUAACAAAAAAAAUCUCAUUUUUUAGAAUUUAAAAUAUUAUUAUACUUUUAAAACAACUUUUAUUUUAUUUUAAUAAAAAGAAAACUAUAUUUUCUACAAUUUUUUUUUUUGUAUUUUAAUAUAAAUGGUUUGUCACUCCAUUUUCUCUUUACAUCACUCAAAUACCUUUUGGUUUGUGAUGUGUAUUGUUUUUGAAUUAUUCUCUUCUUCAAACGAGAAAUAAACAGAAUGCAGAAAAGCACCAAAUAAUAAAGCGAUUUAAGAUCAUAUCCUUUGCAAAUUAUUUCAUUAAUGAUUACAUAAUAUUUUCCUUUAAGAUUUUGUAAAGCUUAAAGAUUUACUUAAAUAAAAUCUUAUUCAUGGCCAUGGAAAAUUCAAAAUAUAAAUGAUGCACAUAUUUUUUAUUAAUAGCCACAACAAAGUAUUUUAAAGAUUAUUUCGUAAAAAAUUUAUUUAUUAAUGGCUCCACGAUUAAUUUUGCGAUUUUAUGAACAUUAAAAUGUUAUUCCUAGAUUUUAAAAAUUCCUUAUGUAACUAUUAUUACAUCAUACAUUUAUUAAGUUGAUUCUAAAAAAAACUAAAUUCUUACUUAUGACACUGUUCCUUUUUUACAUUUUGUAAUCAUCGGUGAAAUUUUUUACACCAUUUUGUUUUUACAACACUGAAAUAUAUAUUGUUUUAGUGAGGUGUACUGCAUUUCUUCUUCAAAAUGGCGGUACAAAAACAAAACAUAAACAAUGUAAACAAACAGGAAAUGGAAAUAAAUAGAAAAGCAAAAGGAAUAAUCGCCAAUUAAAAAACUGAUUCAAGAUUAUAUCCUCUCAAAUUAUUUAAAUAAUGAUUACGCAAUAUUUUCCUUUACGAUUUUGAAAAGCUGAUUGCAGAUUUGGAAAAAGGAGUACAAAUUUAUAAGUUUUAAUAAGUAUAAAAUUUAUAAAUUUAAAAUAGUUUUCUUUUUAUUAUAGUUUUUUUUUAAAAAAAAAAAAAUAUGUAAACCAAUUUAAUCAAAACUUAUUAUUUUAGAUUCUCAUUUAAAUUUUAGAAAUUUUGAACUUUUUUUGAAAGAAUGUAGAACUUAGUACAUAAACAAUAUAAAACGAACAAAACUAAAUACAUAAUUUCCAUACUAAUCUUUACAGUUUUAAAUCAUAGCAAAUUCCAUACAAACAUACAUACAUAUAAAAUAUAAAAAAAAACACAAAAUAUAAUAAAAAAAAAUAUAUAAACAUAAUAAAGAAAAAAUUAAUUAAAUAAAAUAUAUUUGGGUAGAAUUGAAUGAAUAAAACAAAAUUGCACUAUAAAUAAAUAAAACAUUUAUAUAUAAAGUUUAUGAUUUUCAAUAUUUGUCUCUUAUACCAAAUAACUGAGAGCGAAAUAUUUAAAAUAAAUUAUGCAUAACAAUUUUUUAACAUAAAAUUACAUAACUUAUUUUUGCUCGGCAAAAAAUAACUAAAUUAUAAAAAAAAACAUAUAUAUCAAGAAGGAAUAAUAAAAUAUUGUAAAAAAAAAUUAUAUAGAACAUCCGAUGAAAAGUAGUCGUUUCACUUUAAGUCUCAAAAGUAGUUUUUAAUUUAAAACACUAAAACAAAAACUUGAAUUAUGUUUGGGAAAGUGAACAAUAGAAUCUAGAUAAUAGGACUUUCUACUUUACUAGUUUCUCCAUUUUUUCAAAGAAACUUACUUCUUUCUGUUCAUAUGUUGCAAGCUGAUAUUUGUAACUGAUUUUAAUGGCCAAAGUAAUAGACCGGAAGAAUAGCUGUCAAAACCCUAAAUCUAAGAAUGUUUUUAAAUAGAUAAAACAUUUCAAUAAAAAUUUUGAAAUUCUCUUCUCUUUCUCUUCCAACCUUCCUUCCUUUCUAGUCGUCUUAUUUAUGGACCAAAUAAUCCGGAAAUAUAUAAACAUUAAAAAUGGAAUAUAAGUUUAUCUCUUACUAGUUAUGGUAAAUCAACUUCAAUAAUGAUGAAAAAUAUAUAUUUUUUAUUUUUAUUUUAUUUACAUAUUUCAAACAGUAAUAUAAAAAAGGCCAAUAAACUUAUAUUACAAAGAUAUACUCCUGAAUAAUAAAUAACAAUUCAAAGAAUAAUUAGUUUACAUAACAUUUAAUCUUACUGGUUCCCAAACCUAAAAAAGUAAAAGAUAGAUGAAAGAGUUUUUGCAAAAAUAGAUAUCCGAUAUGUGGCUCCCCGAAGACUUAAUUCGGCACAAAAAAAGUGUCAGCCAUGCAUUCCAUAAAUCCAUUCUCAAAAUCUAAUUACUUAGCUUCAUUCAAAGGCUUUUAUUAAAUAGAUUUCAUUAAUCGUUGAAUUAAUUCAUAACAGAAUUCAUUCAUUAAUUUUUUAUCAAUUGAAAACUAAUGCAAAUUAUGUUAAAAUAAGUUAAAACAUUUAAAAAAUUUACUUAGACCUGAUAACUUAUCAAAAUUUUAAACAUAUUUUUUUCGCAGAAAUUAAAUAUUUUUUUCUUUGAUUAGGCCUAAACUAUGUUUAAAAUUUAAUAAGUUACCCGGCCUUAUUAAGCCUAUUUGAAACAGGUUUGAAUUAAAGAAAAAUUUAAUCAUUCAAUCAAUUUUAUUAAGUAAUUUUGUAAUGGAUUUGAAUUAAAAAAAAAAUUAUGAUUCAGCAAAGAUUUAAUUCUAUAAAGAAUGAAUUCUUAAAGGAAUGAGGUCAAUAUAUUUGGAGCACUAAGGAAUUAAGACCACGAAUUAAUUCGCACUAAAUGCUUUAAUGGAAUUGUUAAGAGAAUAUAUUUAAUUUGAACCUUUGGCCAUACACUAGUUUUGAAAUAAAGCGAUGAUGUUUAUAAAAUUUAUUUAUUUAACUAUCUAAAUAAUUGGUGCCAACAAUAAGCUACUGUCAUUAAAAUUAAAAAAAAAAACUAUUCAUAAUUUUACUAUUUCGAUAAUAUUGUAGAACAACCAUUAAAUCAUAGGCCAUUUUCAUUUCUGUAGCUUUUUUCACAAUAUUUCUGAGUAGACUUGUAGACCCGAAUAAGCACCUUUGCAUUUUAUUAGACUUGUAAAAUAAGUUGUAAUUCAUAGCACCUUAUAAGAUUCUAUUGUUCACAACAAUUUAAAAUUAUUAAAAUCACUCAGCCGUAUCUAAGCAGAAAAAUUUAUGUUUGUCAACCAGCUAGAAACUUUUAUGCAUAAAAAUUACUACAAGAUAUGCAAAGUAUUCAGCAGCUCAAUAGCAAGCUAAUUUUGAAUUAAGGACAAAGCAAACAAUUUAUUGAAUUACAAAUGUCUUGAUAUUAAAAGAAAUAAAGAGAAAAACAUAAGUUACAUAUGUAUAUGUAUUGUUGUUUUAAUUUAAAAUUUAUUUUAAUAUUGAUUAUAAUGUUUAAAGCAUAUUUUUUUUGAUUGUAUUAUGCAUGCAGUUAAAAUCAACAAAUCAACAUAUUAGUACUUUUAUAUACGAAUGUACAUUUUUUAUUUUAAUUUAAUUUAUCAAAAGUAUAAUUUAAUUACAUAAUAACACAAGAAAGCUUAUUGCAUAAACAAAAAUAUAUAUAUUAAAAUUUUUAAGUUAUAAUUAAAGUAUAAAAUAAAUACAUAAAAUAAAAAAUCUAUAUAUAAAAUCCCCAAAA